CGUUGGCCCCCCCUCCCGCCUGGAGGCACUCGCAGCAGCUCUGCGUACUAGGCCCAAGUGUCCUUGGCCCCCCCGGCCUGGAGGCACACACAGCAGUUAUGCUGAGAAUCUGCAACAAUAUGUUGCAGAGUCAGACUGCCUGAAACUAAGCAAGGCCAAACAGGGGAGAUAUGGAAGAACAAUGCUGAAUAAAGCAGCUUUAUGUAUAGUUUAACAAAUGAUACAGAGAACCAGGGAACUAGCUGGGAACUGGAUUGGCUGGCUAUAUGGAUACUUGGGGCAGCUUGCUAUUGGAUAAGUAUGCUGAGAAAAAGGAUGUAUAAAAGCCUGUGUAACUUCCUGCUCUGUUGUGCAGGAUUUGAGAUUUUAUUCUCCCUGUACCUUUUUGCAGCUGCAAAUAAACUUUUCUGCUUCUCCACCCCGUUGUGAUUAUUGGGUGUAGCACACCGGGUAACGAACCACUCAAGCUGUUGUUCAGCCUCUCGGCACUGGGUGCUGGCAACAUCAGGGUAAAUAGGGUCCCAAGAACGAGGGAGCUGAGGCGCUGUGUCUGUGGGGCUGGGAGCCCAGCUGCAGGAGGGGAUGUGGUUUGCUGGGCGUUGCAGGGAGCUGGCUUUGCUCUGACUGUGGUAGAUUUGGGCUGGAGAUUGCAGAGAAACCAGCUGAUGGGGAAGAAAGGGGCCAAGCGCAAAACAGGCUUCUUGGGGCUGCAGCCCCCGGCGCAGUUCCUCAUUCCGCUCGCACUCGGGCCUCAGGCUGGGUGGAGCUGGACACUGGGGUGUUGGUGGCAGCGCUGGGGGCCCCCCACUGCCCCAUCAUGGCGUCUGCUCUCACCGUCCUCUUCCUCGGCUGCUGGCUGGCCGGGCACAGCGGGGCGUGGGGAGAGCCCAGCUAUCCCAAACCCAGCAUCUCCCUGAGCCCCAGCUGGGGGGUCUCCCUGGGGGGAGCAGUGGCCGUCUGGUGUCGGGGGCAGCACCGGGGCAUGCGGUUCGUGCUGAAUAAAGAGGGAAGCCAUUGCCAAACUGUGGCUUCGAACGGGUUGGAGGCUGUGUUUCCCAUCAGCAACGUGCGCCAGGAGGACCGGGGGAUCUACAGCUGCUCCUAUCAGAACAGAUCGGAGCCGUUCGCCGUGUCGUCCCCCAGCGACCCCGUGGAUCUGGCGGUGACAGAUCCCAGCCUGCCCAGACCCUCCAUCUCUCUGAGCCCCAUUGGGGUCACCGCCGCAGGGACAGACGUCACCAUCCGGUGUCAGGGGCAGAGCCGGGACGUGAGGUUCUUCCUGCACAAGGCUGGAGACCUGAACCCGCCGCGACACAUGGACCCUGCUGGGGACGGGGCCGAGUUCCACAUCCCCACCGUGGGCCGGCAGCACGGAGGGAGCUACGGCUGCAGCUACCGGCCCCGGUCAGAGCCCUUCGUCUCCUCGCAGCCCAGCCACCCCGUGCAGCUGGUGGUAGCAGGAGAAUCGGGAUCUCUCAGCCACAUCAUCGCCGGGGCGAGCGCGGCAGCCGCCGGCCUCCUCCUCCUCCUGGUGGCCUUCCUCUGCUUCCGAAAAACCCGAGCCAGAAAAGGAGCUGCACCGAGACCCAGCAGCACCAGCCCUAUGGGGGCAUUAAAGGCAUCAGCUCAGAAAGACCCCGUCUACACCUCUAUCGACGAGGGAAAAGAGCCACAGACCCUGGAGCCCGACCCCAGUGCCCAGGGACUCACCUACGCCGAGCUGGACGUCCAGGUGCUGCAGGCCAAGCGGGGGAAACCGGCCCCUGCCCCUGAGUCUGCCCAGCCCAGCGUGUACGCCGCAAUCAACAGGGCCCGGGGGGCCCCGCAGUGAGAGCCCCCUGCAGCCAUGGGGCACCUGGCCCCAGGGGGCGACAGACUCACCCCCCUGCAGCGCCAGCCCCAGAGAACUCUGCUUCUAAGAAGAUUUAGGGGAGACGCUGCCCUCCCCCUGCUACUGCCCCGUCCCAUCGAGCAGCUGGCCCCCUGCCCCGUCCAGACCCACACGUAGGGCCGGUGUGGGGGGCUUAGCACCGGGAUGAGGAGAGGAUGUGCCGAGGCUGUCUAUGUUAUUUUGCAUCCUGUUAAUCUCCAGCUUUGUAAUAAACACAGAACCACAAACCAG